UUCACCCGAACACACGACAUGGUGGACCUGAGGUGACAGCGCCUCUUUCAAAGCUGCACACCGUCUGAAGGCUCGCAUUGGGCCCACCAGCGAGCUCGCUUCACCGGCCCCCCUUGACCCCCUUUUCCCCGGCUGCCUUUCCGACACCGGCCAAUGUCCUACCGUAUUCAGGGACCAGAGCGAGGAGGAGAAAACAAUACUAUGGAGUUUCAAGCUGUGUUAAUGGCAGCAGGUGGGGGCUCCCGCAUGAUGGAUCUUACCUCUAAUAUUCCAAAGCCCCUCUUACUGGUUGGAAACAAACCAUUGAUAUGGUAUCCUCUAAAUCUUAUGGAAAGACUUGGGUUUGAAGAAGUAAUAGUGGUUACAACAAGGGAAGUACAGAAACAGCUACCACAAAUAGACACAAAACUGAAAUUGGAUACAGUCUGUAUUCCAGAGGACACUGACAUGGGAACUGCGGACUCUUUACGACAGAUUCAUGGAAAAAUUAAGACCGACGUUUUGGUCGUCAGUUGUGAUCUCAUUACUGAUGCAGCUCUACAUGAGGUGAUAGACCUGUUUCGUGCACACGAUGCCACAGUGUCCAUGCUGAUGCGAAAGGCACAUGAUUUUACUGAACCUGUGCCAGGCCAGAAAGGAAAAAAUAAAGAAGCUGAACAAAGGGACUUUGUUGGAGUUGAUGACACGUGCAAACGUCUACUUUUCAUGGCUAAUGAAGCUGACUUGGAUGACGAGCUUGUCAUUAAGAAGUCCUUGAUGCAGAAAUAUCCUAAAAUACACAUAAAAACUGCCCUUGUGGAUGCCCAUCUGUACUGCAUGAAAAAAUGGGUUCUGGACUUUCUUGUGGAAAACAAGUCGUUCUUGUCAAUCCGGGGUGAACUGAUACCAUUUUUGGUCCGAAAGCAGUUUGCUGCUCCUAGCUCUUCUCAGCUUUCUAAAACUGAUGCCAAUGAAGAUCAGAAGAGAAACUCCAAAUCUAUAGAUAUAUUAAGUUAUGCAAAAGAAGAUGAUCUUCUGAAUUUAGCCAGAAAAAAAUCAUUUUGGAAUGAUCACCAUGGAGAUAUGAAUGAUCCAUAUCAUGGAACCAAGCUUCGUUGCUAUGCUCAUAUUAUGAAGGAAGGGAUGUGCUAUCGUGUAAAUACUCUAGCUUCAUAUAUUGAAGCUAAUCGACAGGCUCCUAAGUUCCUGUCUGCUUUAUCCCAAGAAGAAACAUUAAUCCAUCCUUCAGCACAAAUUGCUGACAGAUAUAUGGUUGGCACUGACAGUAUGAUUGGUUACAUGACUAAAGUGGCAGAGAAGACCUCUAUCAAGCGGUCAGUCAUCGGGGCCUCCUGUAUAAUCAAAGAGAAAGUAAAAAUUGCCAAUUCCAUAAUCAUGCAUAAUGUCACUAUUGAGGAAGGGUGCUGCAUACAGGGUAGUGUAAUUUGCACCGGAGCAGUUAUUGGAAAAGGGGCUGAUGUCAAGGAUUGUCUGGUCGGAAAUACACUGUGUGUGGAAGCUAAAUCAAAACGUGUGAAUGAAAUGAUAGUAGGCAAUGAUCGCUUGAUGGAGAUUUAAUCUUGCCAGUGAUGUGGAACCACUAGUUGCUUUUUACCUGGACAUCAUCAGAUACGGAAUAUCGUCUAUAGGUCAUCACAAGGCAUAUUAAGUGCUGACUAGGAAUGGGCAUUGGGUUUGAAUUGACUGUGCUGCUUUGUCUGUCAUCUAAUAUGUUGAUCAAUAUUGGAUGCUUAAAGUAGGCAGUUUUUGGACAUUUACAAAUGGCCUUUUUUUCUUGGUAUGUCAAAAAUGCCUGUUAAUAUGUUUUAGUGACUCCAAUUCAUACAGCACCUAAUUGAGAUCAGCAAGAAUGAUAGCUGCCUGACAUUUUCCUUUAAAACAAUUGUAUGAAAACCUUUUAAAAGAAUUUCAAAUUAUCCAAAUAUUGUAAAGUAAAAAUUGGAAUGCUGUGCACUAAUAGCUAAGCUUUUGGUUAUAUGUGGGAGAUUUUCCUAGAUUGAAGUUGUGUUCUCUGAUUUAUAAUUUCUUUCUCAUGAAUGCAAAAUCAUUGUGUGACCAUAAUAGUCUUGAAGGAGUGUCAACAGGAAUUGGGAAUAAUUUUGCAUCUGUUCAUGGAGAAGAUUAUACCAAAGGAAACAGCAUGCAUGAAGAGAAAGAUAAUUUUUUUAAUGGUCUUUUUGUAUGCUAUUCAGCAUUGAUAAAGCCCAGAGAUUCAGAAAUCUGACUUCCUUCAGCUAGUUAAGGUUGCCAAGAGAAAGAGAGAAAAUAGACCAAGAAAAUUAUAUUACAUUGAAAUUUGUAGAAAUCAGUGGAAAGCAAAGUAAUUGGGAGUAGUGACAAAAUGUAACCUCAUGACCCCAAGUGAAAUCACCCAAAAACACCAGAAUCCUCUAUGAGCAGUCCUGCUCCAUACCCAUAUGUCAAAUGUGUAGGGGGAGGGUGCAGGGAUUUGCCCUCUUUACAACAAUAGAGUUAUGGCAGUAUCGUUGUAAAACUUUUCCAUUGCCAGAGCCAGCCAUGUAUCUCUGAACUUUAUCUAUAACAUGACAAUCGAUUUGAACACUAAGACUGUACUGCUAUUUCAACUUGAAAAAUCGGAUAACGAUUAAACGAACAACUGCAGAUGUUGAAAAUCUAAAACAAACACAAAACGCUGGAGAAACUCAUCAGGUCUGCCUGCAUCUGUGGAAAGAAAGGAGAGUUAACAUUUCAAAUCCAGUGACCCUUUUCUGAAAGAGCUGAAAAAGGGUCACUGGACUCAAAAAGUUAAAUGUGCUAACUCCACCGAUGCUGGCAGAGUUCCUCCAGCAAUUUCUGAACCGGAUACUGAUGCUUAGUGUUAAACUUGUCAGCGUUCAUACAAUUUUUACAUCUCAAUAUUUAAUGUAUGGAAAUGAAUGAGUCAGGAAAAUUUCUAUAUUUGCUGUUUAGCAUAUUACCAAACCAUGUUAUAAUUUAUUCAGUCUCGGUCAGACAGUCUGGCAUAUCCAGUAAAUGUAGAAAUAGCUAUCCCUUAAGCAGCCCAUGAAAUCUCAACCUGUUGCUCAUCCUGAAUACUUAUAGAGCAGUUUUAUAAGGUUCAAGCAGCUUAUCUGUAUUUAUCUCAAUAAACAAAUUCUGUUUACA